AUGCGCCAAAUUGCUGCAACAACAACUUCAAAGAAUCCGAGUGAGUCACGGAAAACAAAACCGGCUGCCCAUUUAAAAAUUUCGAGUCUAACCCUCAGUCAUAGCGAGUUCCGGUCGAUGACCGCGCAGUUGACUACGCUUCAAGAACAAGUCAAUAGCCUCUUCACAAAUCUCAAUGAGCUUAGGGCGCAGAAGCCGGCCUUUGAGUCUCCACCAUUCGACCACCUCUCACGCGAUGGCUCCCAGUCCGUCUUCACCCCGAUGCCUGGUAGCAUGCCAAAAGCACGAUCCCGGCAUCCACGGUUCCAUGGACCUACUAGCUCAGCUUUCAACUUUGAUGUCGCCAAGACAAGUCUUCAGAGCAUGGGCAUCAACCCGGCCGAGGAUGGCAUCGCUGAUGACCUGACGACGGCACAUGUCACACCGAUUGGCUCUCCACCUCCUCAUAUCGGUCCGAUUGUCCCAACGAUACACCCUACUAAGGACCCCAUCUGGAGCAUUCGCCGCGAUGAGGCCGUAAGGCUAUGCAAAGUCUAUGAGGAAGAGAUCGGGAUUAUGUACCCGGUAGUGGAUAUUGCUACAGUCACCGCACAAGCUAAUCUUCUAUACACGUUCAUGGAAGCUGCCACGCGAACAGGAUUCGCACAACGAGGUCUUCCCGGUGCCGACAGUCUCCAUGACGAUAGCACGAUUAUUUUGAAGUUGAUUCUUGCAACCACGCUGGUCGUGGAGGCUGGAGGCCAGAGUGACCUCGGUCAACGUCUGUAUCUGUCUGUCAAGCCGGUCAUUGAAUCCAAAUUGUGGGAGCCUCAUGACAUCAAGAACAUCCAGUUAUUUGCCAUAGUGGCAACUUACCACUUCCAUACCGAUGACGAUGCUAUGGCCUACCGAUUGAUUGGUCUCGCUGCCCGAAUGUGCUUGGAAAUGGGCCUUCAUCGAAGGGACGCACUGAUGAAGUCGUUCCCUAAUGAGGACCAGUGGAAUGAGAUUACCCGACUCUUUUGGACUGUCUAUAGCUUGGACCGCCGAUGGAGUUUGGGCACCGGGUUGCCAUUUGUCAUCCAAGAUGAGGAUGUUGAUCCGAACUUACCAGAGCCCGAUACAUCUCUACCGUAUCUACGGUGCAUGAUAUCAUACAAUCGCAUCAGUUCGAAGAUCUGGUACUCGGGUCUCGGUUCUGAAGGCACGACGGACAUUCGGCGCGAUGAGAUUGGAUACUUGGACUACCAGGUCCUACAAUGGUACAAACAAGUGCCAGAUGAGCUCAAGUUCUAUCCUGUGGAAUCCCCCAAAACUGGCGAGACUGCAAGCCGCGGCAUGAGACGUCUUCGAGUCUUGUUGUACCUUCGGAUGAAUCAGCUGCGGAUUUUGAUUUAUCGCCCGGUACUUCAUUCCGCGGCAAGCAUCAUGGAGGACCGAGGCCACGCCCAGACAGUGGUGGAUGUCGCCAAGGACACCGUCCGAGUCCUGACCCGGCUUAACCAGAUGUCCGACAUCUACCGCACGCAGCAGAUCACCUUCAACUAUUUCUUAGUUGCAGCAUUAGCAGUGUUGUUCCUCGCCGUGUGUCAUGCACCCAACGACUUCAACCGGCAAGUUCGCGACGAGUUCUAUAUGGCAUUGGACUUGAUCAACGGAUUCAGCACCAAGUCUUACGUGUCCAAGAGACUCUGGAAGACCAUUAAAGGUCUCCGAAAGAUUGGUGAGAAGCUUGGCGUCCUGGCUCGUCCUUUUGGCUCCGAUGGGAACGACCCCCACUCCACCGCAGCAGUGGCCAUGGCUGGCCUCGCUGGUCAUUCUAUCGAAGACUUGUCCAUGUACGGUCAGAUGAAUGGGGCCAAUGAGUUAGGGAACAGUCCUUUGAAUGGACUCCAGAUGAGCCACGAAUUGACUAAUCUGUUUGAAGCCGUUGGGGCAUUUGGAAACUUUAUGCCCGGUAGCAGCGGCGCGGAUGGCAUGAACGGGUUUGUUGGUCCAGAUGGGGAAAUUCAGAAUACUGGAGAGGGGUUGUCGGGGAUUCUGGGAGGCGAGGAAGAGUUCUCUCGAGUAAUUCGUGACCUGUUCUGA